CUCACACUACCUCUCAGUCUUUAUCAUUCCCUCACACUACCUCUCAAUUUUUUUCAUUCCCUCACACUACCUUUCAACCUCUAUCAUUCCCUCACACAACCUCUCAGUCUUUAUCAUUCCCACACACUACCUCUCAAUCUUUAUCGUUCCCUCACAUUACCUCUCAAUCUUUAUCAUUCUCUCACGCUACCUUUCAGUCUUUAUCAUUCCCUCACACUACCUCUCAGUCUUUAUCAUUCCCUCACACUACCUCUCAAUCUUUAUCAUUCCCUCACACUACCUCUCAGUCUUCAUCAUUCCCCCACACUACCUCUCAAUCUUUAUCAGUCCCUCACACUACCUCUCAGUCUUUAUCAUUCCCUCACACUACCUCACAGUCUUUAUCAUUCCCUCACACUACCUCUCAAUCUUUAUCAUUCCCUCACACUACCUCUUCAUCUUUAUCAUUCCCUCACACUACCUGUUCAUCUUUAUCAUUCCCUCACACUACCUCUCAAUCUUUAUCAUUCCCUCACACUACCUCUCAAUCUUUAUCAUUCCCUCACACUACCUCUCAAUCUUUAUCAUUCCAUCACACUACCUCUCAAUCUUUAUCAUUCCAUCACACUACCUCUCAAUCUUUAUCAUUCCCUCACACUACCUCACAAUCUUUAUCAUUCCCUCACACUACCUCUUAAUCUUUAUCAUUCCCUCACACUACCUUUCAAUCUUUAUCAUUCCCUCACACUACCUCUCAAUCUUUAUCAUUCCUUCACACUACCU